AUGGUUAAUUCUUUUUUUUGUGAUGAAAAUUUUUUUGCAAACAAUGAUUCAAUUCACUCGAAACAUGUUCCAGUUAUUGAUGAAUGCUACCGCAGAACUGUAAUAUCAUGGAUUCCUGCAAUUUUUUUUUGGUUAUUGGCGCCUGUUUUUAUUAUAUAUUCUGAAAGAAUUAGAAAAAGAGGGACAUCAAUUAGUUUACUAUGGACUAAAAUAUUAAUUGUAAAAUUUUGUUUAACACUUAUUCUUAUAAUUUUAAGUUGUAUACAAUUAAUUUAUUCUCUUAUACAUAAGUAUCCUAUAUCUAGAAUUUAUUCAAUUAUAUGGAUAAUAACAUUUGUUGGACUUAUUUUAUCUCAAUAUUUAUCAAAAAUACGUGGUAUUAGAACAUCUGGAAUAUUAUUUAAUACAUGGGUACUUUUUACUAUAUCAUGUUUACCAGAACUUUAUUAUAUUUUUUAUAAUACAUCAAAGACAAUUAAUUUUUCUAGCAUCAUAUUUAUUAUACAAUUUAUUUUUAUAUUUUCACAAACAUUACUAUUUUCAUUUGCUGAUAAAGGUGGUGAAAAAUUUGAAACUGGAUAUAUAUCUCCAGAAUUAUAUUCUUCUUUUUUGUCAAGAUUAACAUUAUGGUGGUUUAAUACUUUUGCAUGGCUUGGUUCAAAAGGUAAUUUAGAAAUUGAUGAUUUAUAUGAUUUAAAUUAUGGAAAUAAAUGUGAAUAUAUAGAAAAAUUAUGGGAAAAAUAUUGGACACCUACACUUAAAAAAUAUUAUGAUGAUGUUUUAAAAAAUCAAAAUAAAAAGAAAGUACCAUUACCAUCAGUUGUAUUUCAAAUAUUAAGAAUGUUUAAGUAUGAAUUUAUGACAGCAGGUUUGAUAAAAAUUUGUUCUGAUAUACUUCAAUUUAUAAAUCCUUUUCUUCUUAAAUUAAUGAUAGAUUUUGUCUCUGAUCCAAAAUCUUCCCUAUGGCUUGGAAUAUUUUAUGGAAUGUUAAUGUUUACUGUUUCAGAAAUUCGAUCAUUCUGUAUAAAUUUUUAUUUUUAUAUUAUGUUUAGACUUGGAACUAAAAUACAAACAACCUUAACAUCUGCUGUUUAUAAAAAAACUUUAAAAUUAUCUAAUGUUGCAAGGAGAGAUAAAACAGUUGGUGAGAUUGUAAAUAUUAUGGCUAUUGAUAUUGAAAGAUUUCAAUUAAUAACAAGUCAAAUUCAACAAUUUUGGUCAUCACCAUUUCAAAUUAUUUUAGCAUUAAUUUUUCUUUUCAAUACAUUAGGAUAUGCAGCAAUUGCUGGUUCAAUUGUUAUGUUUGCCUUUGUUCCAAUAAAUUAUUUUUCUUCUGUAUUAAUAAGAAAACAUCAAAUAGCUCAAAUGAAAUAUAAAGAUGAACGAGUAAAAAUGUGUAAUGAAGUUUUAAAUGGAAUGAAAGUUGUUAAAUUAUAUGCAUGGGAAAUUCCAAUGUCAAAAAUUAUAGAAGAUAUUAGGGAGAAAGAACUUGAGUGUAUCAAAAAAGCUUCAGUUAUAAAAAGUUUUAUGGAUACAUUUAAUCAAAGUAGUUCAUUUUUUGUAGCAUUAUUUACUUUUACUACAUAUACUUUAUCUGAUCAAAAUAGUCAUUUUUUAACUCCUCAGGUAGCUUUUGUUUCAUUAACAUUAUUUAAUUUAAUGAGAAGUCCAGUUACCAUGUUAGGAAUGUUAAUUAAUGAAACAGUAAGAGUUGUUGUAUCAAAUAAAAGAUUAAAAGAAUUUUUGACAGCUGAUGAAUUAGAUGAAAAAGCAAUAAAUUAUACCAAAAAUUCUUUUGAUGGUAAUAAUAAAUGUCCUGAUGUUGGAUCAAUUUCUAUUAAAAAAGCAACUUUUUCCUGGGAACAUGAUAGAAAUAAUUUAGAAAAUAUAUCUUUUAAUGUUAAAAGUGGUAAAUUAGUAGUUAUUGUAGGUAAAGUUGGAAGUGGAAAAUCUUCAUUACUUUCUGGAAUAUUAGGAGAAAUGACAAAAAUAUCUGGAGAAGUUGAAAUUAAUGGUUCAGUUGCAUAUUUUUCACAACAACCAUGGAUUCAAAAUUUAUCCUUAAAAGAUAAUAUAUUAUUUGGUGAAGAAUAUAAGUCACAAUUUUAUGAUAAAGUUAUAGAAUGUUGUGCAUUGAAACCAGAUAUUGCUAUUCUUCCAAAUGGUGAUAAAACAGAAAUUGGAGAAAAAGGAAUAAAUUUAUCUGGUGGACAAAAAGCACGUAUUAGUUUAGCUAGAGCUGUUUAUUCAAAUUCUGAUAUAUAUCUAUUUGAUGAUCCAUUAUCAGCAGUUGAUUCACAUGUUGGAAAACAUAUAUUUGAAAAAGUUUUAGGACCAUCAGGAAUUUUAAAAAAUAAAACAAGGGUAUUAGUAACAAAUAAUGUUCAUCUUUUAGAUAAGGCAGAUUUAAUAAUAAUGAUGGAAAAUAAUAAAAUUAAAACAAUGGGAGAAUAUGAUACACUUAUCAAUGAUAAAACUGGUAUUUUAAAUAAUUUUAUUAUGACAGUUGAGGAAGAAGAAACAAAGGAGGAAGAGGAUAAAGAGUAUACUUCUCAAUCUAUUGAAUUAGAUAGUGAUGAUUUAAGUGAAAUUGAAGAGAUAACAACAUUAUCAUUAAUUAGUAGUAGAACAUCAUCUAUCAUUUCAAGAAAAUCAACACAACCUAUAAAUGAAAUAAAAAAUAAUGGUACAUUAAUAAAUAAAGAACAUGCUGAUACAGGAAGUGUUAAAAAAACUGUUUAUUUUAAAUAUUUUAAAGCAACAAAGUAUUAUUUUGCCUUUAUGUUUAUCUUUGGAUACCUAAUUUAUAAUGGUCUUCAACUUGGAAGAAGUCUUUGGUUAUCAGCAUGGUCAGAUGAUUAUGAUAUCAUUGCAAACAAUGGUACUAUUAAUCCUAGUGGAACAACUCUUGGAGUUAGACUUGGUGUUUAUGCAUCAUUUGGUGUAAUGGAAUCAUUAGGUUUUGUAUUUUCUUUAUUAGCAUUAAUUUUUGGUGGUUUAAGUGCUUCAAGAAAUCUUCAUUCACCUGUAUUGUAUAAUAUUAUGAGAUCUCCAAUGUCCUUCUUUGAUACAACACCAAUUGGAAGAAUUUUAAAUCGUUUUGGAAAAGAUAUUGAUGUUAUUGAUAUUAAUUUACCUAUGAGUUUUCGUUAUUUUGUUAUGUGUAUCUGUCAAAUUUUAGUAUCAAUUGUUAUUAUUGUUAUUACAACUCCAAUUUUUGCUUCUGCAAUUCCUCCAUUACUAUUUAUAUAUGGAUUUUCCUUGAAAUUAUAUGUACCAACUUCAAGGCAACUUAAAAGAUUAGAAAGUGUUAAUAGAUCUCCUAUAUAUUCUCAUUUUGGUGAAACUAUUCAAGGUGCAUCAACAAUUAGAGGAUUUGGUAAAAUUAUGCGAUUUAUACAAACUUCUAAUGCUAAACUUGAUCGGUUUAUAAAAAUUAAAUAUUUAUCAUUAUGUGCAAAUAGGUGGGUAGCAAUUCGUUUGGAAUUUAUUGGAAACUGUAUUCUUUUAUUUACUGUAAUUUUUUCUACUAUUUCUAAAGAAUUAGGAUGGAUUACAAGUGCAGGUUUAAUUGCUGUAUCCAUAACAUAUUCAAUGAAUAUUACUGAAGUAUUAAAUUUUGCAGUAAGACAAAUUAGUGAAUUAGAAACAAACAUUGUUUCAGUUGAAAGACUUAUUGAAUACUGUAAUACUGAAACUGAUCCAGAAUGGAGAAAUGAUGAAGGUGCUAAAUAUUGCUCAACAAAUUGGCCAAAUAAAGGUGAAAUAAUAUUUAGUAAUUACUCAACAAGAUAUAGAAAAGAUUUAGAUUUAGUUGUUAAAAAUAUUAAUAUUCAUAUAAAUGGAGGUGAAAAAAUUGGUAUUGUUGGAAGAACAGGUGCUGGAAAAAGUUCUUUAACAUUAGCAUUAUUUAGAAUGAUUGAACCUGCAGAUGGAACUAUAAUAAUAGACAAUGUUGAUAUUACAAAAAUUGGUCUUCAUGAUUUAAGAAGUCAUAUAACAGUUAUCCCACAAGAUCCUGUUCUAUUUUCUGGAACUCUUCGUUUUAAUUUAAAUCCAUUUAAUAUAUAUUCAGAUGAAGAAAUUUGGUCAUCACUAGAAAAAGCACAUCUUAAAAAUUUUGCUCUUUCAAAUGCCGAAGGGCUCGAUUUUAUUGUAUCAGAGGGAGGAUCAAAUAUUAGUGUUGGUACAUGUCAACUGAUUUGUUUAGCAAGAGCAAUUCUAAGAAAAUCAAAAAUUCUUAUUUUAGAUGAAGCCACCGCAGCAAUUGACUAUCACACAGAUCAAUUGAUUCAAAAUACAAUAAGAAAAGAAUUUUCAUCAAGUACAGUUUUAGCUAUAGCACAUCGCUUAAAUACAAUCUUGGAUUAUGAUAAAAUUAUUGUUCUUGAUAAAGGGCAAGUUGUCGAGUUUGAUACACCUUCUAAUUUGUUAAAAGACAAAAAUUCAACAUUUUAUUCGAUGGCUCAGGAUGCGAAAUUGAAAGAAGUGUAA